AUGUCUCCCCAGAAUUCUUUCUUUGAGGCCGCGGAAUACAUCCCGCCCGAUCCCAUCUUUGAGGUUACCAAGCGCUUCAACGCUGACAAGAGCCCCAACAAGGUGAACCUCGGUCAGGGAACAUAUCGUGAUGAGAAUGCCAAGCCGUGGAUUCUACCCUCUGUGCGCGCGGCUGAGAAGUUGAUCGGUGAGGCUGGUCACGAGUAUCUCCCCAUCGAAGGCCUCCAGAGCUUCCGCGAUGAAGCCACCAAGGUCUUGUUCCACGACACGGCUGCUUUGAAGGAGAACAGGAUCGCCACUUGUCAAGCAGUCUCGGGCAGUGGUUCCCUGCUUCUCAUCGGCCUCGUCCUCGCCAAGGCCAAGACGGGUAUUGAAAAUGUCCUCAUUACCGACCCUACCUGGUCAAACCAUGACCUUCAGUUCAGAUCCAUCGGCUUCAACAUCACCAAGAUGCCUUACUACAAGGACCGCAAGUUCGAUUUUGAGGGUGUCAUGAAGUGCCUCAGGGCUGCUGACCACCGCUCAGCCGUCGUCCUGCAUGCCUGCGCUCAUAACCCUACCGGCUGUGACCCAACGCGAGAGCAGUGGAAAGAGAUUGCCCAAGUCAUUAAGGAGAACGGCAUCUUUCCCAUCAUCGAUUCCGCUUACUUGGGCUUCAACUCUGGUUCCUACGAUGAGGAUGCUUGGGCUGUUCGCCAUCUUGUCGAGGACUUGAAUCUCGAAGUGGCCGUGGGAAUGUCGUUCGCCAAGAACAUGGGCCUGUACGGUGAGCGUGUUGGGCUUACUGCCAUCGUCACUCGGUCAGAAGAGACCAAGAAGACUGUCUACUCGCUGCUUCAAAAUGCUCAGCGUCAGACAAUCUCCAACCCUCCCGUGUACGGUGCUCGCAUCGCGGCGACUGUGCUCAGCAACCCAGACUGCUUCAAGCAGUGGCAGCAAGACCUCAUCACAAUGUCUUCAAGAAUCAAGUCCAUGCGACAGAGACUCUAUGACGAACUCGUUCGUCUGCAAACACCUGGAGAUUGGUCACACAUCAUCAACCAAACAGGCAUGUUUGGUUAUACCGGCAUUAGCUCGACGCAGAUCAAGCACUUAGAAGAGCACUACCACAUCUACAUGGCAGUUACUUCAAGAAUAUCACUGGCAGGCCUCAACGAGCACAAUGUGGAAUACACGGCGAAGUCGUUGGACGAGGUGGUUCGGACAGUCGAGUAG